CAGCUUCUCAGUAGCCUCUUCUUCUGUUUCCUGCGCCUCCGCCAAAAACCCCCGUAAAAACCCUCGCGUCGAACCCCCUCCAUUUCUAGCGAGCGUAUCGAAGCCCCUCGAAACCCCUCGAAACCCUAACCUCUCGCCCACACCCUCUCCUUCGUCCUCCUCGCUAUGGCCGCUUCCGUCGCCCUCAGAAACCCCAAUUCGAGGCGCCUCCUCCCCUUUUCUUCCUCUUCCUCCUCUUCGUCUCUCCUCUCUUACGCUGCUUGUCGCGGGGCGAUCUCGAGCGCGUCUUCGCUUCAGGAGCCGCAGGGAUUGGUGGGCUCGAAUGGAGGGAGGGGAUUCGAGUUGGGGUUCUGGUGGAGGAGAUCGAUGGCCACCUUCACUCGCACGAAGCCUCAUGUAAAUGUUGGUACCAUCGGCCAUGUUGAUCAUGGAAAAACUACCCUGACGGCAGCAAUUACAAAGGUUCUAGCUGAAGAGGGAAAGGCCAAGGCUGUUGCUUUUGAUGAGAUCGACAAGGCCCCAGAGGAGAAAGCUAGAGGAAUUACGAUUGCAACAGCCCACGUGGAGUAUGAGACUGCUAAGCGACAUUAUGCUCAUGUAGACUGCCCUGGACAUGCUGAUUAUGUGAAAAACAUGAUUACGGGAGCUGCACAAAUGGAUGGUGGUAUCCUCGUAGUAUCCGCACCUGAUGGACCGAUGCCACAAACAAAGGAACACAUCCUGCUUGCUCGCCAGGUUGGCGUGCCAUCACUUGUGUGUUUUCUAAAUAAGGUUGAUGCUGUUGAUGACCCUGAAUUGUUAGAACUUGUAGAGAUGGAGCUACGUGAGCUACUAACUUUUUACAAGUUUCCUGGUGAUGAAAUUCCAAUCAUUCGUGGUUCAGCAUUGUCUGCUCUACAAGGAACUAAUGAAGAGAUUGGAAAAAAGGCUAUAUUGAAAUUGAUGGAUGCUGUCGACGAAUACAUUCCAGAUCCAGUAAGGCAGCUUGAUAAACCUUUCCUCAUGCCAAUUGAAGAUGUUUUCUCAAUUCAGGGACGUGGAACUGUUGUAACCGGUCGUGUUGAACAAGGAAUGAUCAAAACUGGAGAGGAUGUCGAAGUUUUGGGGUUGAUGCAAGGUGGCCCUAUAAAGACAACAGUGACUGGUGUUGAGAUGUUCAAAAAGAUCUUGGAUCAUGGACAGGCUGGUGAUAAUGUGGGGCUUCUUCUUCGUGGUCUAAAGCGUGGAGAUGUCCAACGCGGACAGGUGGUAUGCAAACCUGGUAGUGUGAAGACAUACAAGAGAUUUGAAGCUGAGAUUUAUGUGCUUACGAAGGAUGAAGGUGGUCGCCACACUGCCUUCUUCUCUAAUUACAGCCCCCAGUUCUACAUGAGGACAGCGGAUGUUACUGGGAAGGUUGAAUUGCCUGAAAAUGUGAAGAUGGUGAUGCCUGGCGACAAUGUGACUGCAGUUUUUGAAUUAAUAUCAGCUGUUCCGCUUGAAGCAGGACAAAGAUUUGCAUUGAGGGAAGGAGGGAGGACAGUUGGGGCCGGCGUCGUCUCCAAAGUGAUCAGUUGAUGCUUCUCUCUCAACUUCUUUACUCCGACAAGUUUUCUGAUGAUUUCCUUUGUGAGAUUGAUGUUUUAUGAAGGACUUAUUUGCAAUUCCCUGGUGGAAUCAAGCAGAAUGUAGAGAGCUUAUGCACAUUUUUUCCACAAUGAUUAUGACGUGCUGAAAAGUGGAAGAACACAAUUUUGUUGACGCGUUCAUCGGCAAAUCCUUUUAUUAGCCACAAAUAGUUUAACAGAAUGUUACUUAUGCUGACACUUUUCCUUGAUUUGUGAUGAAUAAUAUAGAGCUCUUGUUCUCGGAUA